UCUACUAUUUUGGUGUUCCUUGACUGUUUAUAUGGUGAUCGCGUUAAUUUGAAUGUAAACAAAUCUAGAAGCAAUUCUACAAGAAUGAAACAUUUAAAUAAAACUGUUAGAAAGUCUGGAAAAAUUUAGAUGUAGGUUUAUAUUGAAGUUUACGUCAUUGAAUAGACAUAUAAAGAGAGUUUUUUUAAAACAGUUUUCAAAAAACUCAUAAUAAAGUGAAAUAAACUGAACUUAACCAUGAUGUCUACAUUAAACAUUCUUGAUCCGGAUGACAAGUUGAUGAAAAAAUUUCAAGAAACAUUACGCUCGCAUUUGCUACAUAUUGAUAACAAACUUUCAGAAGAGAUAUUUAAUCUUGAUACUUCCGUAAAACAUGCAGAAAAAGAGUUGGAAUCAGAAGCUGUACGUCUUUAUCAAAUACAAGAAGAAAUUCAACAUCAGCAUACAAUGCUGCAAGAAUAUAUAGAGGCAUUGUCAAAAGUUACAUUGCUUAGGGAAAACAAGAAUGACAAUAUAAAAAAUGCUAAAGAAAUUUUGAAACAAAAUUAUUCCAAAUUGAAAGAAGAGAAGGACAAGAGAGAGAAGUUGUCUCAAAAAUUAAAAAAUUUAUUGACGUUUCAUUCUUACUUAUCUAAAUGGGAGAAAGAUUUGAAUGAUCAUUUAAUAAUAUCCAAACAAAUGUCACUGCAAGAUGUUAAUAGAAAUAAGACACUAAUUAGUAAAAAACAGCAAAGAGAUUUCAUAUUAUAUCGAUUGAAAGAAGAAAUAUGGAAAAUCGAAUCAGAAAUAGCAUAUAUUGACGAACAAUUGCAAAUUAAAAACAGAGAAAAGGAAGAUGCUAAUAGAAUGAUAAUUGAUGCAAAUACAGAUUUAGAAACCUUGCACACAGAAAAUAAAGAUUUGCAUAAUAUAUGGAAGUCUGUGGUAACUAAUAUUUGUAAAAGAAACUCUAUUCAUGAUCAAUUACAUCUUGAACAAAAAGAAGCACAUCAAUUAUACAAUGGAUUAUUAUUAGAAAUACAAAAAAUAAAAAAAGAAACAGAAAAAGAAAUGGAAAGUAAUGAACAUUUGACAUCUUUAUCUUUUCGAAUAGAAAAUAAUAUUAAAAUUACAUCAAAAGCGAUAUUAUUAUAUAAUGAAAAAAUUGCAAAUAAUAAAUUAGAAUUACAAAACUUUACAAAAAUCAGUGAACAAAUAGAAUACGAUUAUAAUAUUAUAUUUAACGAGUAUCAGAAUUAUUUAUGUGAAGAAGAACAAGUGAAUAAGAAAUUUGAAAAUAUUUUUGAAAAAAGAAAUAAUCUAGAGGAUACUGUAUUUAAAAAGUUGGAAGAAAAAGUUAUGUGCAAUAAAACCACUAAAUAUAUAAAUGAGUUAUUAAUAAAUACAAAAAAUGCUGUAUUACAAAAUGAAAUUUCAGUUGCGCAUAUAGAGAAUACACAUGGAAAUAAUCUCUUACAAUUGGAAAAGCUUAAAAAUCUUAUUGAAAAUAAAAAAAUAGAAUUACAAGAAUUGUUGGAAAAAAAUGUUGGAAAAGAAAAACAAAUAGACGAAUUGCAAAGAAAGAUAAAGAAAUAUGAAACAAUGACGAAAAAAGCACAAACAAAACUUUUAGGAAUAAAUAAACUUAUUGAUCAGAUAUUACCAAGUACCAAUGGAGAAGAUUUGAGUCCACUGGAUUUGAAAAUUAUAAGUUUAGAAAAGAAUAUUCAGGAACUUCAACAAACUAUCAAAAAAACACAACAAUUUUGGUUACGCCAACAAGGCUUUGUGGUUUCAUUAAGUCAACAAAGAGAAUCCCAAUUACAACAAUUAAAUUUUCUUGAAAAAGAAGUGAUGAUAAUGGGACAAAAAAAUUUUAAAUUGGAACAUGCAUUAGAAGUGCUCACAAAAGAAGAAGCAAAUACAAAUAAAAUUAUAGUUUCUCUUGAUCAAAAAUUAUUUCGUAUAAAUUCAAAUUUAAUGAUACAGAAAGAUCUAAAAAUGGAAUUAGAGAAUAAAAAUUGUAUAAUGAAGAAUGAAUGUCUUUUAUCUUUUCAAGAAUUGGAAUUAGAACUUAUAAAAUUACAAAGUAAUUUAAAAUAUGUAUGCACUGAGAAAUUAAUGCUGAAAGAGGAUUUAAAUUCUGUACUACAAAAAAGUUUAGCAUGGGAAAAAAAGGUCCAAUUAAUACAAAAUACAAUCAAAGAAAUAAAAGAAGCACAGAAUACUGGAAAUAUAACUUCAAUGAAAAGUGAAAUUCAUAGAAUGCAAAUGCGACUUUCUUAUUUAAAAAAGAUUCAGGAAAAAUUAAUUCAUGAUAUGAAUCUUUGUGUUACAAGAAGAAAUAUUAUAGUUGACAAAGUGUUUGGUAAACUUAAAAGAAAUUCAAAAGUGAAACAUAAUGAAAAGAUUGUAAUGCAUAAACGUUUGUCUGAUCAAAGAGCAAAAAUUAAGCAACUUUCAAAAAUUACGAAACAAACUGUUGAUAUAAUAGAAAAACUAAAAAGUGAAAUAAUAAGUAUUCGGGACAAAUUAGUCAAAUGCCAAGAAUUUUUGCAGAAUUUAAAGGAACAUAUUAAUACUAUAGAAAACGAAAUUGAACAAUUAGAAUUGCUUAAAUAUCAUAAUUUACAUAGUUUAGUUCUUAAACAAAGAAAGGUAAAACAAUUAUAUGAUAUUAAAAAUGGUAUAUAUAAAAUGAUUUAUAAAAAUGAAAACAUAAUAGAAGAAAAUUUGCAACGAGAAUAUAAUUGCAGAGAAUAUUUAAAAUGUACAUUGGAAAAAACUGAUCAUGAUUUUCCAAUGUUAAAGAACGGUAUAAAAAAAGUAUUACUAACUCUGCAAAUAAUUUAGGAACGUAAAGUAAGUAUGUAAGAUAAGAUAAAUGCACGAUUAUUAUAUUAUCAUUGAAUAAAUACUUUACAUAAUGGUACAAAGUUCUACUAACUUUCAUAAGAAAAUAUUUAAGUCAUUAUUAAAUAACAUGUAUAUUUUCAUAUGAGAUUUCUCCAAAUUGUAAAUAAUAAAAUAAAUAUACAAUUAUAUCAUUGAAUGACAGAAGUAGAGAAUUUGAUGUAAACUACAAAGACCGAAAAUCUUACGAUU